AGGCCAAGCUCUCAAGGCCAGCAGAAGGCCAGCGGACGGCGUUUUGUGUCGCCCGAUGGCUCCCAGAGAGGGCAUACGGCUCUGGAACGCAGUGAAAAACCGUCACCCUAGUGUCUUUGCGACGCUAGCCUCGUCGGCGACCGAGUCCAAAAAGGCCAUAUUACGCGGUCAGCUACCGCGUGCUGAGGCCAUCGAGCAGCGCCAGACCUCUUGAGACAAAGCGCUUGCAGCGCCUGUCUCGAAAGAGCCGCUCGCACCACAGCAAGCGCGAUCGCCGGACCUCCUCUCAUUUGAGAGCAGCGCCAGCGACCGCAGAGCACACCCUCGAGCACUCGUCGAGCGCUCGGGCCCGCGUCAGCGCCCGUCCGGCGGCCCGCAGUAGCGGCAAUCCGGGCGAAGCGCGGGACGCGGUAGAGCACAAUGUCUCGUUUUUGGGCCGGGGACGACUCCGGCAGCUCCUCGGCCGAAUCCGAUUCGGGUUCCGAGAGCGAACAAGAAAAGAAGGUCCAAACCAAUCGCUGGGCGGCUGUGAGCGACUCCGAUUCAUCCGAUGAGGGCGAGCGCGUCGUCCGAAGCGCCAAGGACAAGGCCUGGGACGGCAUGAAGGCCGUGGUCAGCAAGAUCUCGAACGCGCGGAAGAUUAAUGAUUGGCACGAGAUGCAGACGCAAUUCGACCUCUUGAACAAGCAGGUGGACAAAGCUAAGACCCAUAUCCAAAAGGAAGGGUUACCUCGCUUCUACAUCCGCACCCUAGCUGAAUUGGAGGAUUCUCUGGAUGUCGCCCUCAAGGACAAGGAGGCCCAGAAGAAGAUGAGCAAGGCGAACGGGCGCGCUCUCAAUAGGAUGAAGCUGCAGCUCAGACGCCACAACAAGGAGUUCGAGGCCAAGAUUACGGAGUACCGGGCGAACCCCGACGCCGAGGAGGAGUCCGCAUCUUCCUCCAGCAGUGAAGAGUCCUCCUCGUCGGAAGACGAAUCGUCGUCUGACGAAAGUUCUGAUGAAGAGUCCGUAGAAGAAAAGCCGAAGAAAGUGCAGAAGAACCUCGAAGACAUGGACUCCGACGACUGGGCCUCGUCCUCGGACGAAUCGGAAUCAUCGUCGUCGGAAGACGAGGACACCGGCGAGCUCAAAGGUAGAGCUAGAUGGCUCAAGCGCACCGUCACGACGACGAAGCGAGUCAAGAAGGAACGCGUGAUCGAGAAGAAGAAGGAGAAGAAAGUUAUCGAAGAGGUGAAGAAGGACAAGAAGGGCCUCGUGUCGUCGUUGCGAUUGGACGCCAUCCAGACGGGCGCCGACUUCGACAAAAAAUUGACGGAAGUGAUGGCCGCUAGAGGCAGGAAGGGCACGGACCCGCGCGACCUGAAACAGGCCCUCGAGGUGCUCGCGAAGGCCGCCCAGGAGAAGUUCGGGUUUCAUCGGGAACUGCAGUGCUGCAUGCACCUCAUCGCGAGUCAUUUCGACAGCAACCGCACGAUCGACGACUACAUGGACGUGCCGACGUGGCGGGCCUGUCAUGGGCAACUCACGAAGGCCUGUUCGAUCCUCGAAGCGCAUCCCCAGGCUACGCUGGGCACCGUGGACGACGAUGAGCUUGCAGAUUUGGCAUUGGCGGCGAUGCUGGUGCUGACUCAGAGCAAAAAAUGAGCUUCAACGUGACGUGGUCGCGGCGAUGGCGUCUUCAUGAGACCGCACCGCCUCGACGCCGUCGAUGCGCCUCGUGAGAGUAGUUUCGUGACGGUGUCGUUCCCACACAGGCCAAGAAGAAGAAAGGGGCUGUUGAAGAGGAGCCCGAGGAGGAGGAGGAGCCGAAGGAGGUCAUUGAUACGGAGGCGCCUCCUGAUGAGGCUGGUUGUGUCAAGGUCGUGGGUAACUUAUUGACGUAUGUGACUCGCCUCGAGGACGAGUAUGUCAAGUCGUUACAACACAUCAACCCGCACACGCAGGAGUAUGUAGCUAGGUUGAGGGAUGAGAGACCGCUGGAGGAACUCGCUGGUUCCAUCCAGGCUUACUACGAUAGAAGUGGUAGUACGGAGACGGCCGCGACGGUGGCACUGUUGCGCAUAGAACACAUGUACUACAAGCACGAUAGUAUCGCGGAAGCUGUCCGAGAUGCGCAGGCGUUCCGGGCGGCCUGGGGCUCUAGGGACGACGUGCACGCGGCGUCGCGCAAGGCGACCGCCGGCGUGUCAACUGUGGAGAAGUCACACCCGGGUUCUUGGCUCGGCGCGCCGACGACGCCUUCCACCGAUAGUUGUGAUACGGCCAAGUCCCUGAAGGAGCUGUGUGGUUAUGUGUAUGAUCAUGGCGACGACCGCUGCCGCACGCGAGCGUUACUUUGUCAUGUGGCCCACCACGCGCUGCACGGCCGCUUCCACGCCGCGCGCGACUUGCUAUUGAUGUCUCACCUCCAAGAAGUAGCGCAUGAUGCUGAUAUAGAAACUCAAAUCCUCUACAACCGGGCCAUGGUCCUCCUCGGGCUGUGCGCGUUCCGGUCGGGCUUGGUCCACGACGCCCACUCGUGCCUGGCCGAGAUCUGCUCGUCGCGGGUGAAGGAACUGCUGGCCCAGGGCGUCCAGAGCGCGCGCUGGUCCGACAAGAGCGACGAACAGGAGAAGGCCGAGCGCCGAAGGCAGACGCCCUACCACAUGCACGUCAACCUGGAUUUACUUGAAUGUUGCCAUUUAACUUCAGCAAUGUUGUUAGAAGUGCCGGCGAUGGUCGUCGAGGAGGCUAGGAACAAGCAGUUGCGCGGCGCGCCGCCGCGCACGCGCGUGACCUCGCGCCACUUCCGGAAACACAUGGACAUCUUCUCGCGACAAGUCUUCACGGGGCCGCCCGAGAAUACCAGAGAUCACAUCCUCUGUGCUGCCAAGGCUCUUGCGUUAGGCGACUGGCGCGAGUGCGCGCGACUCGUCGUGGAACUGGACGUCUGGGACCUCAUCCCGGGCACGGGCGAAGCGGAGAAGGUCAAGGCCAUGGUGCGCGAGAAGAUCAAGGCCGAAGCUUUACGCACUUAUUUGUUCGCGCGCGCGGACGCGUACGACGCGUUGUCCCUAGAACGCCUGUGUGCCACGUUCGAGAUGCCCGAGAGAACGGCCCACGGUCUGGUCUCCAAGAUGAUGAUCACGAAGGAGCUGCGGGGCGCCUGGGACCAGCCGACGAAGACGAUCGUGCUCCGAAGACUCGAGCCGUCGCCGGUGCAAGCGUUGGCGCUGGCCUACGCCGACCGAUGUGCUGCCUUAGUGGAUGCGAACGAACGCCUCCUCGACGCGCGCGCGGGCGGCAAGGGCUACAAGGACGACCGGAGGGACUGGGACCACGAAAACGGGGGCAACAAGAAGAACCGCUGGGGCGGCAGAGGUGGUAGAGGCGGCGACUACGGCGGCCGGGGCCGGGGGCGCGGCCGGGGCAAGGGCCGGGGGCGCGGCCGCCGCGGCUCGAACUCGAACUACGUGCAGCGCAAGUACGGGAACAAGAAGUACGGCGACCAGGACCGGCGCGCGGCGUCGGCGCGCCGCUGGUAGGGCGUUCCGAUUCCUUCCCUGGCGCGUAAGGCGGGGUUCACUCUUA